AUGGAGGGUUACAAGUGGCAUUUUAAUGAAACUGUGCUCACUGUCUGGUCGGCGCCCAAUUAUUGUUACAGAUGUGGUAAUGUUGCGGCAAUUCUGGAACUGGAUGAACAGCUCAACAAGGAUUUCACGAUUUUUGAAGCAGCGCCACAGGAAAAUCGUGGUGCGCCAGCGAAGAAACCACAGCCCGAUUAUUUUUUAUAA